UUGGUCCACGAGCAGAUAAACAUGUUUUUUUGUAUAACAUUGAUUUCGCUAUUGCGUCGCCUAAGGACAACCGCAUUUAUAUAAAACGGUGGAGUGCCGUGGAAAUCUCCGUAUAUUUUGCGUCAACGAAAGAGACGCCGUGCCCCCAGAGAAAAGAAUUUCACUGUUGGCGUCAUGAAGGACGAGCUCAAGUAUCUUACGGGUUUCGGCUGUGAGUUCUCCAGCGAGGAUCCGCGCUGUCCAGGGGCACUACCCGUUGGGCAGAAUAAUCCGCAGAAUUGUCCAUACAAUCUUUAUGCCGAACAAUUGUCCGGAACAGCAUUCACCGUUCCACGAAAUCAAAAUAAAAGAUCGUGGCUUUAUCGGAUAAAACCGUCUGUCGUUCAUAAACCGUUCAAGCCCUUUACUCAAGCUUACGGUAUCGAAUCUUACAUAACGGACGAUUGGAACAAGACAUAUCCCAAUCCCAAUCAGCUAAGAUGGAAAACUUUCGACGUCCCGAGUCGACGAGAUCCCGAACUCGAUUUUAUCGAGGGUCUUCACACCCUGUGUGGUGCCGGCGAUCCCAAAAUACGUCAGGGCAUCGCAAUUCAUGUGUAUUUGUGCAAUGCUUCUAUGAAAGACAAAGCUUUUUAUAACGCCGAUGGUGAUUUUCUCAUCGUGCCGCAGUUGGGCGCUUUGCAGAUCACUACCGAGUUUGGGAAGAUACGAUGCGAGCCGAAUGAGAUAUGCGUCAUUCAGCAGGGUAUGCGAUUUUCCGUGACCGUUUUCGGUCCAUCCAGGGGUUAUAUUCUCGAGGUCUUCGACAAUCAUUUUCAGCUGCCGGAGUUGGGUCCGAUAGGAGCGAACGGCCUUGCGAGUCCGAGAGAUUUUCAGACGCCGGUAGCUUGGUACGAGGAUCGCGAGAUCGAUUACGAGAUCGUAUGCAAAUAUCAAGGAAAGCUGUUUACGGCUAAUCAAGGUCACAGUUCCUUCGACGUCGUCGCAUGGCAUGGCAAUUACGUACCUUACAAAUAUGAUCUCGAUAAAUUCAUGGUUAUCAACUCGGUCUCUUUUGACCAUUGCGAUCCGUCCAUCUUCACUGUGUUGACGUGCCCCACUAACAAGCCUGGAACCGCCGCGGCGGACUUCGUGAUCUUUCCACCCCGAUGGUCCGUGCAGGAGCACACUUUCCGACCCCCUUACUAUCAUCGAAAUUGCAUGAGCGAAUUUAUGGGGCUGAUAAAGGGUCGUUAUGAGGCAAAAGAGAACGGUUUCUCCGCCGGUGGUGCAUCGUUACACUCUGUCAUGACCCCGCACGGUCCUGAUAGACAGUGCUUCGAGACCGCAACCAAAAACGAGCUGGUACCGGAGCGGAUCGGCGACGGUAUGCAGGCAUUUAUGUUCGAGACCUCGUAUAGCAUGGCCGUGACGGAAUGGGCCGGUAAGCUCUGCAACAAGUUAGACGACGACUACUACGAAUGCUGGCAGGGUCUACGGAAGCACUUCGAUCCUAUCAACAAUUAAGAAUCGGCCAGAAUUACUUAAUACGGUGAUCAAUGCGUUUCCAUCUUAACGCGUUUACGAUUGACCGUUGUCAGCGAGAUAAAUCUUUAGUAUUUUUCAUUUUGUUUAUGUUAAGCUUGUUGAUACCAUGAUUAUUAGACGUAUGUUUACUCUUUUUGUGCUGAUUUAUUUUGAUGAAAAAGAAAGUCUUUCUCUUUCUCUUUUCCCUUUCACUAAUGACUGCAUCUCAUCUCAAGAGCUUUUUAAAUGUCUUUUAUAUAUAGUUUAUAUAUAGUAUCUCUCUCUAUAUAUUGUUGAGUCCUGUUACGAUCCUUUUCUCCUACAAGAAAUUUUUCAUAGCGUGUCGCGUCCAAAAGAUAUCGUGCAAAACUAUAAAGUUGUCUGGUGCGUGCAGUUGCAAAUUGAUUAUAAAUUCGCUACAUCGACAAUAUCGCGAUUGCACGAAGAGUAUGUUACCGAGUGCAAAGAACUUUUAAUCGCAUUUAUCUCCUACCAAGACACUCAAUGCGAUUUGACGAAAGAAUGUUAGAUAAAGAGGUGAUGUAUAUAUGGUGUCCCGAAACUUUUAUAAUAGCAAAAUGAUUUGGACAAAUGUAAACUUAUUCAGAGUUCUGAAUAUAUUUUCAAUCAAAAGAACCAGCGUAAUUAAACUUUAAAUGGAAAGCGCUUUAAUUAAAAAAGAAAAAAAGCGCAUUUUGAAAAAAAGAAUAACAUAAUUUUAAUUAAAUUAUACCGAACAUAUUAAUGUUGAAGAUAAAACGAAAUUUUUUAAUACAGCAGAAUUUUUAAUUAUGAUUAAUCAACAAAUUCAUCGAAAAACUGAAAUGUUUUAUAAUAGUUUGUAAAAAUUACUUAUUUAAGAUUGCAACAUAUAUUACAAUUAUAAGCAAUUCUUGUCUCUAGUGGUACAAUAAAUCUCAUUUUAU